AGACAGAGAGAGAGAGAGAGAGAGGGAGAGAAAGGGAGAGAGCAGUGUUAACAAUGCCCAUUUCUCUGGGAUUACCUCGUCAGAGUUAUGUAAUAGUUAUGUGCGAUCUGAACUACAAACUGUACUGAACAAACUCGGCUUUCAAGGUGCUUCAGAACAAGGAAACAAUGGACGUUCUAAGUGGUUCGUGUUGCCUUCUUGUGCUCUCCAUCCUCCUUACAACUGACACUUCCUUUGCUCUGGCCGGCAAAGUCCUCGUCUUUCCAGUGGACGGCAGCCAUUGGGUUAACAUGAAACUGCUUAUCGAGGAUCUGCAUUCUGCGGGUCAUGAGGUCACUGUGGUGCGGACCGCCAGCAGUUGGUACAUCAAGGAGGAUUCCCCACACUACAAGGCCAUCACGGUCCCCCUACCCGAGUCCAUUAGCAUUGAGGACCAAGAUUUCAUGGUCACAUUUCUGAGUAAAAUGCUUGAGAUACAGAGACAGGGAGGUUCCCUGCUGGCAACCGUGCAGUUUUAUUGGCAUAUGUUGACGAUGCUCUCCAAAAUACAUCACCAGGCAAGUCAGUUAGUAGUGGAGAUGUUCGAAAACCCAGUACUAAUGAAACAGCUCUAUGAUGCACAUUACGACGUGGCCCUUAUUGAUCCAGGUCUACCUGUGGGCGUUCUAGUGGCCCAUAAACUUGGUUUACCCACAGUAUUCAAUGUGAGAUGGAUCAUGAGUGGAGAAGGACAUUUUGUUGUCGCACCCUCUCCAGUUUCCUACGUCCCUGCACCGGGAAGCACUUUGCCAAACCACAUGUCAUUUGCUGAUAGGGUCAAGAACAUAUUCCAUUAUGUGCUGAACAUGUGCAUAGACCAGUUAAUCGUAACACCAGUUUAUGACAGACUAGUAGCACGCUACUUUGGGCCUGAAACCAAUUUCUACCACUUGCUACAGGGUACAGAUAUCUGGCUCAUGAGAUCGGACUUCAUCUUUGAGUUCCCACGUCCGACCAUGCCCAAUGUCGUCUACAUCGGAGGCUUCCAGUGCAAACCUUCCAAACCUUUACCACCAGAGCUGGAGAAGUUUGUGGAAGGGUCAGGAAAACAUGGGGUAAUUGUGAUGUCACUAGGGACACUUGUGAAAGGUCUACCCAAUGAGAUCACAUCUGAGAUCGCUGCAGGUUUUGCUCAGCUCCCCCAAAGAGUGAUCUGGAGGCAUCUGGGUGAGCGACCUCAUAAUCUUGGUAACAAUACUCUUCUGGUCGACUGGUUGCCACAGAAUGAUCUGCUAGGUCAUCCUAAAACACGGGCAUUUGUAGCUCAUGGUGGGACCAAUGGAGUUUAUGAAUCUAUAUAUCAUGGCGUUCCAGUGGUUGGGCUUCCGCUGCUAUUUGAUCAGUUCGAGAAUUUAUUGCGGCUCGAGGUAAGGGGAGCGGCUAAAGUUCUUGAUGCUACCAGACUGGACAGCCAGAGCUUUUUGACGGCAAUGCAGGAAGUCUUAGAUCAGCCGUCGCACAAAGAGAACAUGCAGCGUCUAUCUAGGCUACACCGAGACAAGCCUACACAUCCUCGAGACAGCGCCCUCUAUUGGAUAGAAUUCGUAAUGCGGCACAAAGGUGCAUCACAUUUACGUACAGAGUCUUAUAGGAUGCCAUGGUACUCAUACCACUCUGUUGAUGUAGUGGCAUUUUUGUUGGCUGUCGUACUGACAGUAGGGGGAACAGUGACUCUCACGAUACGCUUUUUGUGUCUCAGACUGUGCCAGAGACAGAAAUCAAAACUUGAGUGAGGCAUGACUGAGCAAUAAACUAAACACUCAAUGUGGGACCUGGCAAUUAUUUAGUCAUUUAUUAAUAAAUUAAAAAAUUAAAUGUUGAACAAUUUUUGGAGAAGAAUGUGUUGGUUUUACCUCACCUAACUCACAUCUGGGUGUCAACACACCACUCAAUGCCAGUGUCGGGCGUAAGGUCAUAAAUUAAAGGUGACAAAAUGCCCCUGAAAUUCCUUUUUUGGUUUGUUUGUUAGUGAUUUAACAUCCUGCCAAUUUCCAUGGCUAUUUUAAUGGUGAAAAACUAAAAUAUAAUAAAAGUUAUAGUAAUUAAAACCCUCUAUAAGGGUUUUCAAAUAUAUUUUUUAAUUAAAGCUAUUAUUGAAUUAAUUGGUAAGAGAUGAUAAAUUCUCAAUCCUGUUAUUCAAAUUGAGAAUUUCUGCCAAACAGAUGGCAUCAUAUAUUUUUUUAGUUGGUUAAAAAAAUGGUAAAUGGUCAGCAUUUAUAUAGCGCCUUUUUAACCUUAGCGGUAUUCAAAGCACUUUACACUGUGUCUCAUUCACCCAUUCACACUCACUCACACACCAAUGUCGGCAGAGCUGCCAUGCAAUGCGCUAGCCUGCCAUUGGGAGCAACUUGGGGUUCAGUGUCUUGCCCAAGGACAUUUCGGCAUGUGGAGUCAUGCAGGCCGGGAAUCAAACCACCAAAUCUGCAAUUAGUGGCCUACCUGCUCUGCCACCUGAGCCAGGGGCCAAUCUAAACCAGCAGCCAAAUAUUGCCUCUUAAUGGAAAAGUACAUUUCUGACCCUGGUCAAACACCAGUUAGACUUCCACCUGACAAGCCUUGCAGAAAGCAUGACAGAAGGUCGAAUUUAUGAGUUUGACAGGCAAGAAAGCAGGAGGUGUGCACAACAAAUAUUGACAAAAUGUAUAUAAGGAGAGAUAAAAGUCCUGGCAAUUGAGUUGAUCCAGUACAUUUAUUGCAGAAGGUAAUCAAAGCACCCAUUUACGUUAAGGUCUUAGGAUGUUUCUGGUGAAUUUAAAGGUAUAGUUCACCCAAAAAUGAAAUUCUCUCAUCAUUUACUCAUCCUAAUGCCAUACCAGACGUGGAUUACUUUCUUUCUUCUGCAAAGAAGAUUUUUAGAAGAAAAUAUCAGCUGUGUAGGUCCUCACAAUGCAAGUGAAUGGGUGCCAACAGUUUUACACUCCAAAAAGCACAUAAAUACAUUAUAAAAGGAAUCCAAAUGACUCCAGUGGUCAAAUCCAUGUCUUCAGAAGUGAUAUGAUAGGUGUGCUGACCAAAGAGUGAAUGUUUAUUCAACAUUGAAAAUCGAUGUCUCCUUGCUAUCUGGGCAUGGAUUACUUUCAUGCAGAUUUUAAAAUGUUGGCACCAUUCACUUAUAUUGUAUGGACCAAAAGAGCUGAGAACUUCUUAAAAAAUCUUUGAGUUCAGUAGAUGAAAGAAAGUCAUACAAAUCUGUAAUGGCAUAAGGGUGAGUAAAUGAUGAAUUUUCAUUUUGGGGUGAACUAUCCCUUUAAAUUAGCUAAAGAACUGAGGUUUAUACAAUGCUGGAAAACAAUAACGUAAGUAUUUAUGACGUAAAAGUAGUUAUGAAACAUUCAAUUUCUACUCAUAAAGUAUAAAAAGACCCAUAAAAAUGUGUGUGAAAAUCACUACAGUGUUAAAUUGUACCUGUCAUUGCAAAGAUUUAUAUUGCAAAUUACCCGGUAAUCACUGCCUGCCACUUCUAAAGGUCAGCGGCAAGCAACGGGAUCAAAGUUAAAUUGUUUGAACUUUAAUGCAUGGCAGAAAAGCUAAAGCUGAAGCUUCACUCCAUCGAGUUCAAUGUGCCUGCAAAUUCUGACACGAGUCAUGUCGAAACCCCUUUGGCAUUGUGCCAAUAGUAUGGUAUAGUAUGCUAUAUUUUCUGUACAGUAAUAGGAUUGUUAUUUAGCCAAAUGAAAAGCUCUGUGAAGGUAUUUACAGUUGAAGGUCAAUUGCUAAAUUGAUGUGUAUGUCCAAAGCUCAGCCAGCUGUCAAUAGUGUGUUUUACUCUGUUUAUAACAAAACGUCUCACUCCAAACUCCCAAACUCAUGCUAUCACAGUUUACACUUUUCAGAGAAAUCAGCUUUUCAUUAAAAGAUCUUCAAAGUUCUCAGGUAUUCUGCCACUUUGUAGUCUCUGUUUAUUUGCAUUUUGGCCUGGUUUGUAAUGUCAGUCCAAUGUCUUAGAGAUUUUUAAUUUUGUAAUGAUUUUAGUGUGUUGAUGUGUUUGGGGCCUAAAAACUGUUUAGUUUUUCAAAUCUCAAUGAAAAACAAUCACACAGACAAUUCAUUUUCAUUCAGAACACAACGGCAUGAAAUAAACUAGAUUAUAUAGAUUAUAUAAAUAACUGUAAACUGCUAAAAAAAAUGCAUAUCAUGUAUUAGUUUUAUUUAGGCGGUUGUGGCUCAGGUGGCAGAGCGUUCGGCCACUAAUCGCAGGGUUGGUGGUUCAAUUCCCGGCCCACACGACUCCACA